ACCAUUGUUAAGAUACACGUGUGCGCAUGGAAUAUUUCCCGACCGACUCUUCGUAUUUUCGGUGAUACAUUUGCUUUGGGGUUCAUCUCCCAAAUCUGAUUACUAGCUCAAAAACUCUGCGAUCGAAAGGAUAAGAUGGGUGGUGUACAUGUAGUUUACAAGGGGCCAAGUGUUGUGAAGGAGAUACUAAUCGGAAUCGGUCUUGGCCUCGUCGCCGGAGGCUUCUGGAAAAGGCACCAUUGGAACAACCAGAGAAGAACUAAGGAGUUUUACGAUCUUCUCGACAAAGGUGAAAUCACUGUCGUUAGAGAAGAUGAGUAGUCUCUAAAUAUAUGCACCUUUUAGUUUAAGAAUGUGAAAAUAAUCGUUGCCCCGUGUUCUAAAUAAUACGUGAAAAAACUUGUAUGUCGACGAGAGCUUAAAUUCUGCAAUACGAUCGUAAAAAGUUUGAAUCUUCGGCUCUCGUAUUAUAUGCUUGUUCUGCACUACACUAUAGCGGUCCCGAUAGUAUUUUAUAUCGCGAUUGUGUUGCCA